CAGAAAUCUUGCCAGGGGAAGGAGGAAAACCAAUUUAAAAUCGUUCGUCGCUCUGUCGUCGCGAAAUAAACUCUGGAUAGUCUAUCAAAGGUUAGGCCAUGUCGAGAUGCUAAAUGAUGCUAGCAACUGAGCGUGUGAUUCACGAGCCCAGCAGCAUGUCAGCUGAGAAACUUAGGCGGCAACGUUUGGAAGGGGUGAAGCGGAGCCUGAUCGAGGCUGGGGCACCACCCGACCUGGAUGUGGUGCUGAAGCCGCUGUUGCGGAAGGCGCGUCAGGUCCACGCUGCCUACAUCUGCGACAACAGGUACGGCGUGUGCGAGGUGUGGUACAAACUGAUGCUGAUGCUGGGUGCCACCGAGAGCAAUGUGACCAACAUCAAGGCUGACUGGCAGGCGUUCGCCAACCUCCUCGGCUACGACAGGGACACCAUCAGGUCCAUCCAGAACGUAUUCAAGGGCGUCGAAGACCCGGUCACCAUCACACUCAUCGCGUUCAUGCAGAAAAGUGAUGCCUCGCUAGACAAAAUCAUCGAGGCACUGCAGGCCAUGAAGAGGGAGGACAUCCUCGAGCAAAUCAGUGGUCCAUUAUCAGAUCUGUGCGAGAAGGUUAUUCAAGAAAAUACGGACCAAACCAUGGUCUCCAGUGACAGUGGCUUUUCUGAAGCAGAGAACUCGGUGGUGAUAAAGCCUCGCUUCGUGCUGCCUGUGCCGUGUCUGCUGCGCAGCAAGGAGGAACUCAACUUCAGCCUGAUCUACUCGACGUUCAAGAGUCAGCAGCAGGUGUUAUCAACGUGCGCCAAACAGGUGGAGGCGGACAGAGACGUGCGCGAGCACAGCGUGAUGGUGGCCGCAGCCGACGAGGGCUACGGGAACGACGCCGCGCCGCCUCCGCUUCCUCAGGGCGGUGAACAGUUGGGGGCUGGCCAGAGAAGCGCCAACUUUGACACCACCGUUCUGCUGACCUUUGUCGAGGACGGUCGGGAAGCGGCCUAUGAGGUCGCGCGGGCUCUGCGCGCCACCACCAACAGCCAGGGACAGCAUGUUGGCGUCGUCAUUCUGGAGGAGAAUGAGAGCAUCGUCAACGUGGACCAGGACGCCUUUGUCAGGGGAGUCUUUGAACAGGUGGAUUAUGUUGUUCCGAUUCUGAGUGCAGAUUACGCUGCGACUGUGAAGCCAAACAGUCUGUUAGAUGUUUCCGGCAGCCUGGACGCGCAGUACGCUAGAUAUAUCUACAAGCUGAUUCAGAAUUACUACGUUGAAAUGGGCUGCAUGAACAAGAAGAUCAGGUCGAUCGUGCCGACGGGUACGGACAACUCUACCAUCACGUACCUGACCAGUGAUCCCGUUUUCAAGGCUCGGAAACUAAUGCGUGACUGCGAGAAAUUCGCCGAUCUGAUCUGCCGCAGGAAAAGCUAGUGUUGCAUUUCUUUCACAAUGAGUGCUAAUCAUUUUACAACAUGAUGUUGUUGAUUGAAAUCCUUUAGUGUUUUAAUUGUGAUCAGGCCUGGACUGCCUGUGAAGGGUGCAAUAAUGCCAUGAAUUAGACUUAAAUCUGGACUUAAACAAGUUGAUUAAAUAGUGUGCCAGCCAAUAGGCGUUGCUCGAUUGCAGUUAGGCCAUGACUGUGAAGUGAAACAAAGUGAUUGCUUAAAGAUUCUCACUGUGGUGUUUUUGACAUACAAAAACAUGACACAAAUUUUACAAAUUGAAAAUAUUUAGCAAGAAAAUAUUUACAUUACAAGUAGAGAUACUGUUAAAAAAUGCUUGAAAAUAUUGCAACGUGUACAGUAACGCAGAUUUUCAAAUCUCUAAAGGAAGUUAUUGUUAUUAGAAUGUAUUUUUAACAAAAUGUGUAAAGAUCUAUUUAAAAUUGUCAAAAUUGUUUAUCUUAAAAAAUGUAAGACAGAAAUAUAUUGGAUAAAAAUUACAGCUUUUGUCUAGAAGUGAUUAUUUGUGAAAUUUAUUAUUUAUUAUUAUGAAGCGAAUAACAUAGAAAAAUAACAACAGGUUAAUAGGAUUACGGAUCAAUAAACAGAUUAUGAAAGGUAGCAAAA